AUUUGCGUAAAACCCAGUUUCCUCGUACUUUCUCGGCACUCACCUCCCUCAGUCCCUCUAAGCUUAAGCUCGAAAGCCGAGAAAAGAAAGAAGAAAAACCCCAGCUUCCAAAACUUGUUUGCAGAUUCUAAAGGAAAAAUGGGUAGCUUGACGCUCGAGGAAAUUUCAGGGUUCAGUGAAGAACUUGUUAAGAAAGCAUGUUUAGUUUCCAUGGCAGCACACAAGUCACCGGAUAAGCAAUUCCUCGUAGAAAAUUCUCGUACCUCAUCCGAUGUCUUCUUCAGCUUCCCUGGAUCCUGGUCUGCUGCUCACUGGUUCACUCGACAAUCUUUCGGGGAAAUCAAGGUUGACCAGUCUGACUUGCAGGGCAAAGAUAAAGUUGCCACAUCUCUUAGAAGUGUUGGUCGUGAUGAACUUGCCACUGUUAAUGAAGGGUUAUUGAGAAGAUUUGAGUGGAUUUUGGCCACAUCUUCGCUUCCAACUGAGGUGGAAAAAGCUAUAUUAGAGAAGAGGAAGAUAGUUUUUACUGGACAUUCUUCUGGUGGUGCCGUUGCUAUUCUAGCAACAGUUUGGUUCUUGGAGCAGUACUUGAAACCUGAGAAAACUUCGAUGUCGCCUCUUUGUGUGACUUUCGGAGCGCCUCUCGUCGGUGAUUUCAUCUUCAACCAUGCCCUUACGAGAGAGAAUUGGUCGCAGUACUUUCUGCAUUUUGUGAUGAGAUAUGAUAUCGUCCCUCGGAUUUUGCUUGCCCCAUUGUCUUCCAUGGGGAAAGAACUAGAGCGGAUCCUGUGUCUGUUGAACCAGAAGGCGGUGUUUCCGAUUCAGGGAUCUAUUGUGGAAGCAUCAAAGUUUUAUGAAACGGUUAUGAGAAAUGCAUCAGCUGUUGCCAGCCAUGCUGCCUGCCGGUUAAUGGGAAACACAAAUCCGAUAUUGGAAACGGUAGCAAGCUUCAUUGAGCUAAGUCCUUAUAGGCCCUGUGGAACUUUUGUAUUUUGCACUGGACAUAAGAAGCUGGUUUUGGUAAGCAAUGCGGAUGCUAUUCUGCAACUACUGUUCUAUUCUUCUCAGUUGUGCUCCGAUAAUGAACUUAAAUCCAUCGCCGAGAGAAGCCUCGACGACCACUUCAAUUAUCUAAGUGAGCUUCAAGAAAGCUUAAGUAAGCCACUUGUCCAAUUAGAUCAUUUGGAAGCGAUUCCGCUCUCUCCAAACGGCGCAACUGCUGAGAAUAUACCAACAAGCAAUGCCUUGAAUGACCUUGGCCUGAGCGCAAGAGCUAGGUUGUGCCUUCGUGCUGCAGGAGAACACGAAAAGCAAAAGUUAAGUAACCAGGAAAGAAUGGAUAGUAAGAAGAGGGACAUUGUAUCCGGACUUCAAUUACUAGAAGAGUACAAGACCAAAUCAGCUUUCUGCAAUGUAGGCUAUUAUGACGCCUUUAAGAUUUCAAAAGACGAGGAUGAUUUCAAAGCAAAUGUAAAGAGGCUGGAACUAACAGGGAUAUGGGAUGAGAUUAUUGAAAUGCUGAACAGGUAUGAACUCCCUGAAGGAUUCGAGAGCCGAAAAGAAUGGAUAGAGCUUGCAACCAAGUACCGUCGAAUUGUUGAGCCUUUGGACAUCGCCAACUACUAUCGGCAUGCAAAGGAUGAGGACACUGGACCCUAUAUGCACAAAGGCAGACCAAGGCGCUACAGAUACACCCAAAGAUGGCGUGAGCAUGCCUUGAGAAUGCCUGUGGGAUCGAGUGCAGAAUCCUGUUUCUGGGCCGAAGUAGAGGAGCUCUAUAGGAAUACCAACCCUGGAGCAUUUGAAGAUAUCAGGGAAAGAACCAUAAAACUGGAAGGAGAGUUGGAGGAAUGGCUUCAUAAUAAGCAAAUAAGCAAUGAUGUGUUUCUGAAAGGCUCCACUUUCACCAAAUGGUGGAUUACACUUCCUCAUCAACACAAAUCCGCCUCUCGAAUCCAUGGCUUAAUCAACAACUAAGCUGAGAUAUCUAUUCUACGGCUUAAAGAAACCAAUGAACAAGCGUCAGUGCCUGAUCUGGCAGUUCAUUAACUGCAGUUACUUGUUUCAUUUUGAUGCUAGCUAUGAACAACUCAAUAACUUGAGGCUGCCAGAAACCAGAAGGAAUAUAACAAUUACUUACGCUUACAUUCAUUGAAAUGUAAGUUCUUUCAUUUCAUCCUCAUAGAUAAACUACCUAUUAGAACUACUACUAUAUAUAUUUCCUGAUCAGUUCCUAUUUACUGAGUUAGACCAAUAUUUGUUUCUAUUGCACAAAAUGGUUAUUAUUAUAUCUAGAAACGCAGUAUUCCCAAACACGAGACGAGCACGAGCUAUCUCUGGCCAGAAUCCCUUCCAGGUCUCCUAUAAUUCUGGCCAACCAUAUCUCCAGGUUUCUUUGUACUUCCUGUAAGUUGUUUCUAAUGGAAUCCAUGGGUCGUUUCAUGCCCAUUUUGGCCGUGGCCGAGCUUCCAACAUCAUCCCUGUCGUUGCAACUCUUCCCAAUCUCGGUUUGUAAUGCCGUUAGCUUUUGUCCAGUUUCAGAUGCAUGCUGCUGAAG